ACCGUUUUGGCGCGUCUCGGAUGAAUAAUUACAAGCAAUACAUAACAUAAACGCCACCAUCCCAUCUUUAAUUUUCCUAUUAGGGUUUGAUUUCAUGAGUAAAUCUGGGACGAUCUUUUUGUCUUUAGAUUGGUGAAGGUGAAGUCUCCAAAAUCAUCAUGGGGUCGAAAUCGACGACGAAGAAGAUGAUGAUCAUCAUCAUGCUGUUGUUGGUUACGAUGAUGAGGUUUGUUGCGGAUGCUGGAAGUGAUACAAAUGGUGUAUUUGAUCCUUGCUCAGAUGCAACAAUCCAAAGAUGGGAUGGUUUUACAUUUGGUCUUGCAUUUUCAAACAGAGACUCGUUCUUUUUCAAUCAGACUCAAUUUUCGCCCUGUGAUACGCGUCUAUCUCUCUCGAGCCCAGACAAAAAAGCACAACUUGCUGUGUUUCGACCCAAAGUCGAUGAGAUUUCCUUCCUUACCAUCGAAAGUAGCUCCUCUAAUCCGGCUAAGGCAGGCGGAUACAUGGUGGCAUUUGCUGGACGCAAAUAUGCAGCAAGAUCACCCCCAAUAUUGGUCGCUGAUGACUCGAAUACCAUAACUAGUUUCACCUUGGUACUUGAAUUCAAUAGGGGUAUUCUUCAGAACUUGUACUGGAAGAAAUUUGGGUGCAAAGCGUGCUCCGGGGACUACUCUGUCUGCCUCAAUGGCGAGGACUGUGCAGUACCGAACUCAAAAUGCAAAAGCAAUGGUGGGACUUUUGACUGCAAUCUAAGCAUACAGUUGACCUUCUCAGGAACAGACAAAAAUCUUGAAGUGCUUAACUCAUGGUAUGAGGUGAAAAAACUACAAAAAUACUCACUUUACAGCCUAUUCAAGAAUUUUCUGAUAUGACCAACCGACUAGUAACGAAAGGUGAAAUGAUGCGAGUACUUGGAGGGAAAAUUCUUCUCAAUGGAAGCCUAUACUGAACUUUGUGCAUGAUUAUAUUCAUUGAAGAGUUAUGCACAUCACGACUGGUAUUUACAUAGCACAUGCCAGGCUAAUGAUAUUUUAACGUUUACAAGUCAUGGUCAAGUUCAGCGAAGCUCGAAUCCUGUAUGUACACUGACAAAAUGAUUAGACUUGUGCGAGAAAAAGGAAUGCCGUUUUGGCAAGUUCCUAACUUUAUAAAACGCUUUUUGUUUGUGACUG